ACGUGAAUGUAUAGAAUACUUUGAUCAAGAUUGGUGCGUGGCAGUGAUGGAAGUUUCAUCCUGUGAUCAGAUGGGGCUGCCGAGGCCGAGCUGGGACAUGAGCAAGACAUUCUUUGGAAUGUAUGGGACUAAGAGAAAAUCAACGUUCUCCCAAGCUGAGGAACCGCAUGAUCAGUUUUGUCCAGUUGCAAAGAAGAUGUGUUCGCCAUCAGACCUUGCGAUGGACGAUGAUUGCCUUCCAGAGACAUCUUUCCCAGCCAUCACCCAUCAACCAUCGAAGCACCAAGUACCUCACAUGUCACCGUCACUUCACCAACGCCAGAGUGACCACACGGGACCAAGGGUAGAACCCCAACCGAACAAUCAGGGAGAAGGUCCAAAGUGGCUCUCGUGGCAGGGGGGCCGGCUGGCGAGCUGGUCGGCCGUGGCGCGGUCCUGCAGGGGCGGCGACGACGCCCAACUGGACAGAGAGGGGUGGGGCCAGGGGGAGGGUGGACGUGGUCAAGGGGGCGGGGCCGAGAGGCUGGGGUCGGGGUCAGGUCAGGAGGCAUUGCUGAGUAACCCCAGGGUGGAGAUAGAUCAGGAUUCAAACAGCUGCUGGCAGACUCCUCAAAACCUUCGCAAACAACUAGAGAAACAAAUUAGAACUCCUGAGCUAGAGCACGCAAGGCAGGAAUCACUUCGAGCCAAAGCAGAUAAACUACAAUCACAACUCCAUUACAUGAAGUCCAUGGAGGUAGAAAGCAACGACUACUGGGCGCUCCCACAGGAGAACAGCCUUAAGAUGGAAGAUGACCUGGAGCAGGCGCGGAUCGCUAUGGAGUCAGACUACGUACCAGAUCCCUACCAGUAUCACUGUAGUGAUAUACCUGUACCGAUGGCUGGCCAUGAUGCAGGUACGGUUAACCAAGUCCGAUGUUACUGCAAGCCAAAUUGGGAGGGGAUGCUGGAUCCUGUGGGGUAUAUAUGACACCCCUCUACCGGCCCCGCCCGCCCCUAUCGGUCUCACUUCCCUCAUACUUUCCAAUGAAAGGGAUUUGAUUUGUGUCAAUCCGUAGAUGUAGAGUCCUAGACACGCAAGCCAAAGGAUCUAGUGGGGUGUACAUGACAACCCUCUACCGGCC